AUCGGCACCUUUCUCCAACCACUAAGAGUGAAUUCGGUGAGAACCUGAGAACGAUACCUGUUGUUGUUGUGUCUUGUUUAGCCGUCACAGAAAUCGAAAGUAAAACGUCUUGUGAACCGCGCCAACUUCCGUGACCGAGGAAAAGAAGAAAUCUUCAUUAACAAAAUGAAUCUCGUACUUAUUACUUGACAAUAAUAACAGCAUCGAAAUAAAAAGAGAUUCUUGUGUUAAUCUUCCAGCGGUCACCGACAAUUAUGUGCCCAGUUUAGGUAAAAAGUGCGCGUUUUUGGUUUAUUUAGCGUGCUUCUCAAUAAAAUAUGAAUUCAAAUUGAUAUUAAAACCUGAAAGUUGUUUUUAUUUGGGACCGUUGGUUUUCAAAAGGAUUCUUUAUCAAUAUGGCGUUUUUCGGUUUUUUUACGUUAGUGUUUUUGUGGUUUGGUGGUGUCUUCUCGGUAAAUUUUGUGACGUAUAAUUCAACUGAUUUAUCAUAUUUGUCCAAUGGUAUUCAAAUACCGAUAGCAAUGGCAUCCGCGAGCGACCCUGUAAUUGAAGAAACUCCAGACAGUUCUGCGAAACGAUUGCCGGAAAUGGAGUGGCUCCGCGGACUCUACAACCACCAUAACUGGGAAAGCAGAUUACACUCUGUGGAAAACAUCAACUGUAGGACCGACAUGCGACUUUAUCUUAACGAAUUGAAUAAUGGAACUACUUGGGCUAUAAAAAUGAACGAUGCUUCCGGGAGAUACGACGGUUUGUUUUUCUUUGGGAAUGACUACUGGUUAGGAUCUAGUGUUCACUGCAGCGAACUGACUGAUCCUUCCGGUAAUCCGGAAGUUCCGCCGUUUCCGGUCCACUUUUUCGUCGCCAAAGUUAGAAUGAACAUCAACGAAAAACUGACGCCAGUAACUCGACAGUUGAAUAUAGGCCAAUGCCUUCCAGGAUCCUGCUCUUCAUCCGAUAUUCGCCAGCUUCUGGCCCAUGAACGAACCCAAGGAGCUCAUCUAACAAUAGUCGGCAUACGACCUGUUCCAGGAGACUAUGCCUUAUUCCAGGAUGUCAAGUUGCACAUAAUCGGUGGAGUUGGAUUAGCCGUUAUAUGUCUUGUUCUAAUAGCUACUGCUGCCGAUUAUUUCCACGCCAAAAAGAUGAGCAACCAAUCGAAAGGAAUAAUUUCAAAUAAUAACAAUAAUAACGUCGAAAGCCUUAAACACCACACAAAUUCUACGAAAGACACGGAAUCUGACAAUUGCGAGAAAUACAAACCAAGCAUUUUUCUACGACUGCUCCUCUGCUUUUCAGCCAUUAAGAAUGGAAAGUCGAUAUUGAACGUGGACCCUUUACCCAAAGACUCAAUCAGGUCCAUUCACGGGCUUCGAUUUCUAAGUAUUGCAUGGAUAAUCCUGGUUCAUACCUACCUUGAAGUAUUUGCUAUCGCCGAUAACAAAUCCAUGCGCACAAUAACCGAAAAGACUUUUAUGUAUCGGACGAUUUCAAAUGCUACUUUUUCGGUGGAUACUUUCUUCUUUAUAAGCGGUUUUCUUGUAACUCUUACGUAUAUCAGAACGAAAUGGUAUCGACAAGAUAAGGAGCCAUUAGAACGUAUUCCUCGGGGAUCAUACAUAGGAGAAGUUCCCAAACUGGGUCUGUUAGUUGUCUAUCGUUUUCUGCGUCUCACUCCUGCCUAUCUCUACGUCCUGGGAAUGAACGAGAUAGCAAUGAGAUAUUUUCACAGCAGUUCCGUAUUUAGUCCAGCGAUUAUCGAUCACAUCAGCUGUUCCAAGUACUGGUGGAGGAACGCCCUGUAUAUUAACAAUUUCUUCCCUCAAACCGAGUUCUGCAUGCUUUGGUCAUGGUACAUUUCAAACGACAUGCAGUUUUUUAUCAUGGCCACUAUCUUACUUAUGAUUGGGGCAAGGGGUGGAAAAUACUUCAAAUUUGCUGCUACUACAGUCGUAAUAUUUCUGCUUUUGUCUUGGGCCACGACAUUCCUGGUGGCGAUGCAGUACAAGUACGUGGCAAGGAUAGAAGAGCCUUUUGCAUUAUUCGAUCAGUUGUAUGAUAAGCCUUGGCUAAGGGUAGGACCGUAUAUUGUGGGAAUGAUGACGGGUUAUUUUGUGUUUAACUUAAAAGGAAAACUUGAGGUACACAAAGUCCUAGUACCCCUGUUAUGGUUACUAUCCGUUGGAUGCCUCUUGUUCCUCGUCUACUGUGUUGGAAACGAUGGCAUGAAGAUCCCUGAAUCUGCCUUUUAUGCAGCUCUGGGACACACAGCGUGGGGUCUAUCCUUAGCUUGGAUAGUGAUUGCCUGCCGUCACGGCUAUGGUGGCAUAAUCGAUUACAUUUUGGGAUUUAGGGGAAUACUUCCUCUCAGCAGAUUGACGUAUUGUGCCUACCUCGUUCAUCCAAUGAUAAUGUGUCUGACUAGUUUCGAAAUGGAUGGGCCCUUUCAUAUGCAGCAAGGCAUCGUGUUGGUCGUAUUUUUUGGAAACGUGGUCACGUCAUUCUUGAUGUCUUUUGCCAUAUCGUUGUGCUUCGAAGCUCCAGUAAUCGGAAUUUUAAGAAUUCUCUUCUCCAAAGAAUUAAAAGACACUAAACCGAAUUAGUAACGUUUCGUAAUUUAAAUUAGAACCGAUUAUCAUCAGGCCAAAGUUAAAGGAGUUUCGACGAUUGUAUAAACUGUAAAUAUAGAUAAGAAAAGAGUAGGUAUGCCUACAAUAAUAAUUAUUAUCAAACUAUUUACUAUGUGUUAUUUUUCAAAUUUAUUUUGUUUCAAAAGUGACGUAUUUUUUAUUACAAAAUGAAAUUAGCCAGUUUCAAUUUGAGAACUUAAAAGGUUUCAACUGUUUCAAUUCUAUUACGUUUGUAUCUAAAAAAAUACUUUGUACCUUAUAAAU